UGUUAAGACAAACAUUCAGAAGUGUCUGACUUCCUGUGUUCACGUGGAGGAGGAGCCCAGAUUGUCCAAGCGUGAGAACGGGACGGUGUGUUCUUUGCAAGGGGGAAGCGCAAGCAUGGGACGGCGCAUCAUUGUCUCUUCUGCUCCUUGUUCUUGAAAUCCAGAGGCCUCACCAGAGGGCCAGAGCUGGCCAGGUUCGCUCUGAGCAACAUCUUCUGCUCCUUCUUGGUCCUUUCCGUGUCCAGGGAAUCUUGACCUUCCCUCUUCUGUGAUGGUACUUCUAGAAGCUGCCAGUGGAGUUGACUACAGUUUUUUGGGGCCUAGCCUGAGGGAUAGCCAACGUACCAAAGAUCAACCUAGAUCCCAGCAGAAAGGACUCGUGGGGGCAUCCAACGGCCUAUGGCGGCAGACCUAAGGCCUCAGAUCAGCCCCUUAGAAGACUAAAGGGGAACAGCAGCCCAGCUCAAACUACCGACAGCUCUCUGGGAUUAGCUGAGGUGUUAAGGCUCCGAGACCUUCCAUGUUGCUCAGGUAACAAGUGCCACACAGAAGUCAUGGAAACCGCAGUGAUCGGAGUAGUGGCUGUGUUGCUUGUGGUCACCGUGGCCAUUGCCUGCCUCCUCUGUUAUUUCAGCUUUGAUUCGAAGACCCAGGAUCUUCAGAAGGACCAUGGCUUCACAGUGGCCACGUUUCGCCAGGAAGCAUCUCUCUUCACGGGGCCUGCACUCCAAACCCCGCCAGUGAAGAGUACCCAGGACUUCUGGACUGUCAUGUGAGGCUAACAGGAUCUCUUUGUUCUUCCCCCCGAAUAAGGCCUGCAUCCAUGUCCUUUCCCUUCUGUAUCCCACAGACUUCUUGUUUCCUUCCACCCUGACCCACUCCACUUUUUACCCCGGGCAAGCUCAGGUGUUAGGACCAGGUAUGGGCUACCUGAACCCUGACAGCUCAGUUCAAGUGGGGCGGAGGAGAAGCCUCCUGGCUUGGACAGACCCUAUGUGGCAUUGCAUGGUAGGACGGUUCUGCUGACCUACACCAGCUGGUGGUCAUCACCUCACCAGAAUUUACUGGGCACAGGGUAGCCUGGGAAAUUGGCUCUAUUGCCACCCAAGGAAGCAGCGCCCUCAAGUGGACACUCUGAGGAACCACUUCUUGUUUCUCAUCUUUUCCAACGCUGCAAGGUGCCCAACCCUGAGGCCUAUCUCUGAAAUCAGUGCCGAAAUCCUGAAACCAAACAGCUGCUUUCUGGGAACAAGUGAUUUAUUUCAUAAUUGAGAAUGUAUAUCCUUUUAUGGGUCUUUCCACAUCGGGUUUGGAAAAACCACCAAAGGAAGCAGAAUAGAAAAUAAGAGUCACUGAAAGUACAAGGUGUUUCAUUAACAGCAAAGCCAGCAAGAAGACUUUUAAACACAUUUUGAAUGAGACUUUACUGCUAUGUUCUAACAGGCUACUGCUAUUCUUAGAGAAUGUGAGUGAUUUGCGUCACUUAGGGAUAAUU